UGUGAUGUCCGCGACGGACUGGUACGCGCACAAGUCGCUCGAAAACGGCAUGUUUUGGAUCCAGGAGCGUUUCUACGAAUCGGGGAACCGGGCGAACAUCUGGCUGAUCCGCGGAUCGCACCAGGACGUGUUGGUCGACGCCGGGCUCGGCCUGCGCAGUCUGCCCGAGUAUAUCGGCUCGAAAGGUCUUCUAGGGGAGGGCAGCAAGCGCAAAAACCCUCUUCUGGCGAUCGGAACACACGUGCAUUUCGAUCAUUCGGGUGGGCUGCACCAGUUCCAACAGGUGGGCGUGCAUGAGGCUGAGGUCGAUGCCCUGGCUAACGGAGACAAUUUCGAGACGGUGACAUGGCUCUCAGACAGGGAGAUCGUGGAGGUUCCGUGUCCCGGCUGGACCGCCCGGCAGUACAAAGUCAAACCAGUGCAGCCAACCCACAUACUGCAGGAAGGUAACGUCAUCAAUCUCGGGGACAGGCAGCUGACGGUGCUGCACAUGCCGGGUCACUCAAGAGGCAGCAUCUGUCUCCACGACAAGGACAACAAGAUGCUCUUCAGUGGGGACGUGGUCUACGACGGCUCCAUGAUCGACUGGCUGCCCUACAGCGCCGUCGGAGACUACGUUCGCAGUUGCCAGAGACUGGUAGAGAUGGUGGAUAAGGAGGAAGUAGAACAGGUCAUGCCCGGGCACUAUAAUACCUUCGGGGCUAAGAGGCUGCAUCGUCUGGCGUCCAACUACAUCUCCAGAGCUGGAGCUUGUCACAAAGUCACAACCUCUGCUGUAAAGUCUAUAGCCAGUUUGGCUCUACGGGCUUCCAAUUCCUGCUGUGCCUGUAAUUAGUUGGUAAAGUGUACUGGACUAAAUCAGGACGACUCUCCUGGGUUUAUGGGUAAUAUGGUGUGGCUGUAUUCAAUGGGUUUUGUGUGAUGUGAAGUGAUGUGAAGGUCAAAGGGUUAUU